GUGGUGACCCCCCCACACACCAUAAACUUAUUUUCAUUGCUACUUCAUAACUAUAAAUUUGCUAUUGUUAUAAAUCAUAAUGUAAAUAUUUUGGGAGAUAGGGAUUUUCCAAAGGGGUUGCUAUCCGCAGGUUGAGAACCACUAUUCUAAUGGGUCCCAAAAUUUCAUCUCCUGAUCACUUAACAGAGUCAGAAAGUGAAGAAGAAAAAAUAUGGGAUUUCUCUGAAGAAGAAGAAGACGCCAUAAUGCCCAACCUAACACCUCAUGAGAGUCUUUCCUGCCAGGUUAAGGACCUUUUAAAAUAUUCUAAAAUGAAACCUUUAGAUCUCAACUCUUGGUUGUGUCAUGCUGAACUCUUAUAACAAAACAAUCCAGUUCACAAACCUCAAGGGACAGGUCUAAGACUCUCCCGUUGUGUCCCCAAACUAGAACCAAUUCCUGAAUGGCCCCCUCUAGCCUCUUGUGGGGUCCUUCCUUUUCAAAAGCCCUUUAAAAGUCCCAUCCAGCUCUCUAGACAUCAUGCUACUCCAGGAACACUACAGUUUGCCACCAAACAGCUAAUGCGAACACUGAGUAGAGCCCUUUCCAAACAUGGAUAUGUAAAUCAUUUCUCUGACUCUGACAUUUUUUUCUUCUCUCUGUGACUGCCUGACAAAGGGAGUUAAACAACCUGUACUGAAUUUUUUUACACUGUUUCCUACUACUGAUCUCCAGAAGGCAGUUAACAAACUCCUAACUGCUUCAUGAUAACAGUAAGCAUUUGCUUUGAUACUAGUGUUGCUUAUUUAGAAAAGGGUACAGGGAGCUGAAGACUUAGCUCAUAGGUUAAGGGCACUUGUUAUUGCAGAGGCUCAGGUUCAAUUCCCAGCAGCCACAAUGUGGCUUAAAACUGUAACUCCAGUUCAGAGGAUCCAACACUCUUCUGACUAACCUGGGUACCAGGAAUGCGUGUGGUACACAUACAUACAUGCAGGCAGAACACUCAAUGUGUAAAUAAAGCCAAAAAAAUUUAAGCGCUACAAAAUAAAUCACACCCUAAUUUGGAAAACUGAUGCCUUCUCAACCAAUUAAUAUUUCCUGACAAGCCAAAAUACUACCUACUACUUAAUGACUCAAAGGUCUUAUCAUCCAACUAAAGAAAAUGUGCAUGCCCUCUCAGAAAAUUGAGAAAAUUAAGAAAAUGAAAAAAUUAAGAAAAUGAGCAUGCCCUCUCAGAAAUUAUUUUUAGGGAGGAAAUUGAAUUAACUGAAAUAAUUAUACAAAGAAUUGAUAUAUUCAUAUGACACCUUUUAAGGGUUCUUGUUUGUUGUAUUUAGGGGGAAGGUGGGAAAUAUGAUUUCAAACCUAGCCUACCCUACUCCAAGCCUAGUAAAGCUAUCUCCAAUUACUUCAUGAACACUGAAUCAUGGCCUCCACCAGACUCUCUGGCUAAUUUGGCCUAUAAGAUCAUACCCUAGAUUUAAACAGACUUCUGUAAGGAAUGUGUUUCUUAAAUCUUGGUAUCAAGACUUUUUUGGCUAAUUUGGCCUAUAAGAUCAUACCCUAGAUUUAAACAGACUUCUGUAAGGAAUGUGUUUCUUAAAUCUUGGUAUCAAGACUUUUUUCAAGAGCAAAUAAACAUUCAAAUUAUGGAAAGAAUCAACUUUCACCAGAAGCAGUGUUUUCAGUAUUAAUUGUAAAAGG